UCUUCCUCCUCUUCUCCUCUCUCUCCCCUUCCAUUCCUCCGCUGCCCACCACCUCUCCCGAAAUCCCACCAGAUUCGCCCCGCCACGACUGCCCCCACCUUUAUGCCGCCUCGCCUCCCAUGGCGCCACGCCCGCGCCAGCGCCUCUCCCCGCCCUCACGAGCCGCGACCCUGACCCUCCUCCUCCCGCUCCUCCUCCUCUCCUCGUCAUCCCUCACCUUCUCCGCCGCAGCCUCCCCCUCACCGCCGCAGUCGGUCCCUGCGCCGCCGCUGGGACAGGUCGCGUCCGCCUCCGACCCCGCCGCUCCCCCGCGGCCGCCGCCGCCUCCGCAGCACCCGCGCCGCCACCGCCACCGCCACCGGAGGCACCGGCCGCCGCCGCCGCCGCCGGAAAGGCGGCGGCUCAACUUCGGGGAGAAGCUCGGGAUCGCGUUCGCCGGCGUGGCCGUGGCAAUGCAGGUGGUGCUCGGCGCCUUCCUGGCGCUGCGCGCGUGGCAGCUGCGGCGACUCGACAGGGCCGAGGUGUCCUCCUCCACGCCCCUCACCUGACUACCCCGCUCAUCUCGCCCGCGCGCCAAGCUCGUCUGAGUGUCAGAUUAAAAAGGAGGGGAGUCAUGUACCAAAUGGCUUGCUAUAGCAUAGCAUUGCAGACUUUCAGAUUUCCCGGGAAUGGCAGUGCUGACAUGGCGCUCCAGUGACGCGCCCCUGCUCCCUCAUUGGUCCGCCCACCGUCCUCGUG